AUGCGAAACCCGGACGACGUUGUUAUGACGAACCUGAACCCCACGGAAGACUACAAAUCCAGCGUUCUUUGCGGAUUGAGUCCGAGCAUCAUAAUGGAAUGCUCCGGGCGGGCUUUGAAUUGGUGGGCAUAUCAAGCGACGCAGGAAAUUACGUAUCAGGAGUUCCUUGUAAAGAACCUGGGCCAGAAAUGCGUGUCGCAAAAUGCACAAAUGGACAAAGUGGUCAACCAAGCAAACACCGAAAUAGCAAACUUGCGUAGUCAGCUGUCAAACCUCCAAAUUCAGAAUGAUUCUUUGAAGCUCAAAAACGAGGAGCUUAACAAUUCCUAUAAAGAAAAGAGCCGCAAGCAUAUGCAGACACAGGAAAUGUUUGACAAGAUGAAAAGACGUUCGAUGCUCGGCCAGGUGCAGGAUGCAGCGUCUGACGCCGUCGAAAAUACGAUUCAAGCAUCUGCAGCGGCGAAUCGAUAUGUGGAUAGGGUCAAUAGUCAAGCUCGUCAGCGUCCAGUUCCUCCAUUAUUCCCUAAUCAGCAGGGAUCCAGUGUGCCAAAUCACGGCGCCGGGCAUACGAAUAUGGCUCCUCCCACUUCCAACCGUGAAACCUGGGGAGGAUUCAGUAGUCAGGGAAGCAAUCCACAUAAUCCAACACUUCCUCAAGCAUCAACGCACCGCCAGCCACUUCAGCCCAUGAUACAUCAGGCAACGCCUAGACCAUUCGUCGCAAAUUUUCAGCCGAGUCCUGUCGUGCAGACUCCAAUGCUCCAUAAAAGGCAAUCGCCGCGUACAGCUCUGGCAAGUAUCAGUGGAAACGGUGGUUCAGCUUUUGCGGGUUAUGGAAUGAGUGCAGGGUUAAAAAUGAGCAAUCAAAUGGGAACGCAGAAAAACAUCGGAAGACCCCAAGUUAGAUCAAGAGUGGCUCACCGUUCGACGCCAGCAUUGAAUGGAAGUCGAGAUGCCUCAUAUGGACCACCGCCAAGUUCCAAUAACUUUACCACCAACGGUCCUUUUUACUAA